UAGACGCUAGUGAAGAGGCUUAUGCGUGCGUUGCGUACUUACGGGCUGAAUUUUUAGAUGGCGUAGAGAUAGCGUUAGUAGCAGGUAAAUCUAAGGUGGCUCCACUAAAAGCCUUAUCCGUUCCACGGCUAGAACUUAUGGCAGCGGUGAUCGGAACGCGUUUACAAAAAACCAUACUCGCCGAGCAUUCUUUGAAAAUCGAAAAGUGCAAUAUAUGGACUGACUCCAAAACGGUGCUAGCGUGGAUUAACUCAGAUCAUAGAUGUUACCGUCAAUUCGUUGCUUGCCGUGUAGGAGAAAUUCUUUCUAAAACUCGGGUGAGUCAGUGGCGCUGGGUGCCAUCGAAGGAGAAUGUGGCAGACGAUGCGACAAAAUGGGGAAAAGGUCCUUCUAUGUUAUCGAACAGUCGUUGGUUCCGAGGUCCAGACUUUUUGUACCUUCCGGAGGAUAGUUGGCCCACGGACGUUAAACCUGGAGAACAAAAGACAAACGAAGAGAUUCGAUCGUGUAUGGUGCAUCAUGAAGGAAUAGUACAGCAUCCUGUGCAAUGGUGGCGCUUUUCUCAGUGGACGCGAUUAUGGCGUGCGACAGCGUACGUGCUGCGCUAUGUUCACAACUUGCGGCGAAAAAUUGGAAAAGUAGCGUUGCAGACUGGGCCCUUAACUCAGAGCGAACUUUCUUCCGCGGAGAGUGUCAUAUGGCGUUGGGUGCAGCGUGAUGAGUUUCCAGAUGAGGUCACUACUCUUUCCAAGAUGCAAGGAAAGCAUCCACGAAGUCUACUGAAAUUAGAGCGCACCAGUAAGAUACGGAAAUUGUCCCCGUUUAUGGACGAGGACGGGGUAAUACGCAUGGAAAGCCGGAUAGCAGCAGCUAUUUUCGUAUCGUUUGAUACACGUUUCCCUAUCGUUUUGCCAAAACUUCAUGCUGUGACUGAGUUGAUAAUCGGAUGGUACCAUCGCAAGUAUCUUCAUGGAAAUGGAGAAACUAUCGUUAACGAGAUACGACAGCGUUUCCAUGUGCCUAAUCUUCGUACAGCUGUCCGCAAAGAGAAAAAGAAAUGCAUGUUAUGUAAAGUUAAGUCGGCAGUUCCAGCGGUACCACGGAUGGCACCUCUUCCUGAAGCAAGACUGAAAGUAUUUGAGCGUCCUUUUUCGUAUGUUGGCAUUGACUACUUUGGACCAAUAGCCGUGCGGGUGAAUCGAAGUAGUGCCAAAAGAUGGGUGGCAUUAUUUACUUGUCUCACCAUCCGUGCUGUUCACCUCGAGAUCGUACAUUCGCUCUCCACGGAGUCCUGCAAGAUGGCCAUCCGAAGAUUUGUGGCACGUAGAGGGGCACCAAUGGAGAUUUACAGUGAUCGAGGAACGAAUUUCGUGGGUUCCAGUAACGAGUUACUUCGAGAGAAGAAUAUCAUCGACCAGCAGUUAGCGGAGACGUUCACCAACGCAAACACCAAAUGGGUUUUUAACCCACCUGCCGCUCCCCACAUGGGCGGAGUGUGGGAGCGUUUAGUAAGAUCCGUGAAGACUGCGCUAUCGGCAAUGUACACCACAAGGACUCCGAGUGACGAAACUCUGGUCACCCUAAUGGCAGAAGCUGAGAGUGUAGUGAACUCGAGACCGUUGACAUUCAUCCCACUUGAGCAGGAGCAGCAGGAGGCGCUUACGCCAAACCAUUUUUUGCUGCUAAGUUCUAAUGGGGUAGUACAAACUCCACGAACUUUGGUGGACUCCAGGGAAGCCUGCCGGAAUCAGUGGAACCUUUGUCGUGUAAUGGUGGACCAGUUCUGGCGAAGAUGGAUACACGAAUACUUGCCAGAAAUAACACGUCGCACUAAGUGGUUUGAAGAGGUCCCUCCUGUACAAACGGGAGAUCUAGUGAUCAUCGUAGAAGAAAAUGUGCGUAACGGAUGGAUUCGAGGACGUGUAGCUGAAGUCGUGGAAGGAGCUGAUGGCCGUAUUCGGCAGGCAGUGGUGCAGACGGCGUCCGGAAUGGUUCGAAGGCCGGUUGCCAGGUUGGCUCGUCUGGACGUAAAGCAGAGUAAGACUGACCCUGGGAUAUCGGAUCAGCUUACGGGCCGGGGAGAUGUGACGGUGGAUAACGCCGUCCCCAAACAAACCCCUCGGCUCGAUAUUAACGCGCCGCGUGAACUGUCGUAAAGUCUGAGUGACAAUUUGAAACGCUGGAUAGUGAAUGAUAGAAGGAAGGAGAACAGAUUAAAAAUAAAGUAUCCAAAAGAUUGAUGUGACACAUGUAUUUGCUAAUCAUAGCAUAAAACUAUUUUUGAACAUUGAAUUCAAAACCUUAAUAUUUAAAUCAUUUAAUGAUUUUUGCCAGAAAGUUUACUGAAUACACCCUCCGCUAUACGUUCUCAAAUAGAGGUUAGCUUUAAGGUAAGGCACAAUAGUACUACAUUUUGGAUUGUAGUUUAAUUAUAAACUUAACUAUUAAUAGCAGAAUUUCGG